GUGACGGCGUAGGCGCUUCAAGCUUAUGGAACUGGAAGCCUCAAUCCUCGCCACUUUUCUCCCACCUACUACUAGCUGAAACCUGAUUGAUACGCCUUCAACUACUGUUUCGCGAUGAACGAAGAUGUAUUCAAUUCUCGAAGGAGAUCUUCGAGGCUACAAUCUCCUCUGCAAGUAGAAGCUGCUGUCAGCGAUGCAACUGCAGUUGGUGAAACCUUCGCGACACCUCGCAGUAACACUCGCCAAUUGCUACAGAGGGUCAAGAAAGGUGUAACUAGAAAAUUUUCUGCAGUUAAACUUGAAGGUGCAUCAUUAUCUCCGCAUCCCGAGCUUCAGGAUGAGCAUUCUGUUGUGGAAGAAGAUGCUGUUCCUCAACCGAUAGUCGCACAUGUUCAUCAUACCCUCUCUUGUGUUGAUGAAGGCGCUGGUCUCCAAUCAGUAGCUACGCAGGUUCACAAUAUCACCUCUGGUAUAGAAGAACGUACUAGUCUCCAAUUAGUGGGCGUGGAACGUCGAGCUGCAGAUGAGGCCGCAGAUCAUAUGAAUAUACUUGGAAUGCCGCAUACAGAAAUUGAAUUGCCCAGCUUGGACCAAUUUACGAGUCAGCAUCACAAUGUUUCUACCUUACCCGCCACAUCUUGCUCGACACAAAGUACAAAAACUAUCUCAUCUGAUUCACUUUCCUAUCCGCAUCUCCUUGACGAGAUGGACAAAGAUGCUCGCUCUGCAUCACAAGCACACUCAUUGAAAGGCGAUCAAAUACUUCAGACAGACAAGCCCCCUGUGUCCGAGGAUGCAGAUGAUGAUGUGUAUCUAUCUGCAAAAUCAGAUAACGGAGAAGACUCUACGGAUGCAGAAGACUCCCUUCUGGAUAAUGAUGUCCGUGACCUUGUCCAGUCAAUCAAAUCGAUGUACCGGGUCCUGGACUUGGUCAGUGAACGAGGGAGUGGUGGGCUAGUGGAUAAAAUUAUCAUCGCACAGGACUCACUCCGGACAUUCAUUAAUGCCAUCUGUCCUGGUGCAUAUGUGUCUAUGACGAAUGUCGACUUCAGCGCGCUCGAUAGCUUGAUCAUGAAGCCCAUCGGCAUCUAUGGGAGCAAAGAGGAAAUAGUACGACUCUUGUUGGCUCUUGGUGUCGUCGACGACCACAUAGCAGCCCAGCUUGUCGCGAACCACAGCGAGUCCAGUGUUUCCAAACCAAACCUUCGUUCUGGACUUUACAUUGUUCGAACAAAUUGUGAAGCUACCUCCGACGAACAAGUGUUCGUUGUCUACUGGCCCGAGGAUGCCACUUGGGAUGACUCAGCUCCUUCAUCCGUGAAACGUACUCGUGUAACCUUCAUGCGAUACCUUACGACAAUAUGCGAUCAAGUCAAGGCGCUCAUCUCCCCUGAGCAUGCCCGUUCCAUUGUAUGGUGUGAACAGGAAGGCGAAAACACCAUGGAAAUGGACGAAAAUCAGGAUGAGCACGACAGAAUGUUCACAUUUGAAGUCAGGAAAACCAACGAACAGGAAGAAGCCAUAAAGCCGCGUCCUGGAUUCAAGGCUGCAUCCAGUCACAUAGCCAUGCCCCAGGCUCACUCGGAGGUAACAGGGAAUGUUGGACCACAUAAGCCCUGGUUAUUGCACGGCGAGACUACUCAAGGGUUCAUGACGAGCAGCUAUCUACCUGCCAGGCGGAUCACUGAUAAGUGGACACGCAAGUCCAUUACUCGCCUCCAGUUAAGCAAUUGGUUGUGCACCGACAGUUUGCGGAUAAACGAGAACUUGGAUGUCAACGCAUUGCAUCUUUUACUGGAUGCAGGCCUUCGGGAUCGCUUUCCGCAAUUAUGCAACGAGUGGCAGCAGGAGUCAGCUAAUAUUUCAUCGAAUGUCUAUGCCUGCAGUACAGCGACACAGGCCGGAACUAGGAAGAAGUUGGAGGACAACUCAUCUCUUCUUACUCCCAUUUUCCAUUGGGCAUUGGUUGACGCCAUUAUUCAGAAAUUUCCUACCUUCACCUAUGAUUCCUUCCCCUACUCUACCAAAGACGAGCAGGGCUGCUAUGCAACUCAAGGACCGAUCAAACCUGCUACUGCUCCUUCUAGCUCUUCCCCUCAUUUCAUGGAGAGUGUGCAGCAUAGCUUCGAGGUCCAAGAUCAACUUUCAACUAUCGUUGAGCUAUAUCCAGAAAUAGGGGAUGAGCUUCGUCACACAGUGCAAAAGUUGUCCAUCGAGAAGAUUAACAGUCGCGAUUUCAAAAGCUACAAGGAACGAAUCUAUGUCGCUCAGAGCCUACUUCGCCAAUUUCCCGACGUCAAGAUGGAAGAUGAAGAUUUUUCAAAUGCAAUUCUUCACAAGGACAUACGACACGUCAGGGAAUCCGUCAGGAUGAUAGGACGAAGUGCUGCCCCACAUCAACGGCCAAAGGGAUUGAUGAGCACCACUUUGAAUAGCAUUAAUUUCUUCAUCUCAUCUGGGGAGGGCUCUCAGUUCGUCGAUAAGACAUUCAACGACGCCGAGGCUGCUGCAUCUGCAACCAGUGACACUCAAUUCCUCGCUGAGUUGGAUGACAUUGAGAAGCUACCUGUCAUGAAAAAGGUCGUCGCAUGUACCAGGGCUGCUGCGUUGGCGCACUUCAGGUCACUUCUGAUGAUGCAAACAACAAUUUUGACUCAUUCGGCGCUGCACAUACAAAUCAGUAAAUGUGUUGCCCGGGUUCGUCAGGAAGCGCUCAGCAGCGAAGAUCAACAACUGGCCCAAUCACGAAAGAGGUUAAUCGCUUCCUUCAACGCCCAUUCAGAGAUGGGUUUUCAUUCGCAUACUUCUCUUAUCAAUGCCAUUGAGGAUGGGCGAGGGUUCUUGUCUCUAGCAGCGUCUUCGGUGCAAAUAACUGGUUCAAGGGAAUAUCUUGAGCAACCGAAGCUGAAAUUUACAGUCCAUCCCAUGGAAUUGACAGCGCAGGAUUUACACUCCUUACAGUUAGAUUCGAGUACAAUUCCUUCACCAAAGUUCAGGAAUUCGUUCACGUUCAAGCUACCUCUAGGUCAUUCUGUAGUGAGAGCGCAACUGCUUCCAGGCGAGAAGAUUUUGCUUGCGACGACUGAUCUGUCUGGAAACUUAACGGUGUACCUGGAACACCUCACUGCUAUUGAGGGCGCCUUGGCUCACGGCAGUCACGGGAAAAAGCUGAAUAGCAACAAGAUUGGCAAAUUUGUUCUAGCUUUCGAUGAGUCUAAGCGUGUGCUCAGCGUUGUUGCCACAGAGAAACUUUUGCUGCACAUAUUCAUUCACGACGAUAACCGUGUCGGUUUCCAGGCCAACGGCAGUGCAAUCAAUUUGACACAAUGGUAUCCUGAAGGUACCUCUAUCAAGCACGCAUGUUUCAUAUACGGUGGGGAAGAAUUGCUGCUCGUUGAUACAUUAGCACAGGCCAGAGUUUACUCCCUGACGACUAUGCAGUUUAGACCUGCGACGCUCAAUCUCAUCCAGAUUCCAACAGCAGUUUAUUCGACUCCAGAUGGUUCUUGCUUAAUCGUGUCUCAUGUCCGCGGGUCUGACUUGACACUAACCGCCCACCACUGGAGCACGUUUGGCUCAACGGAUGGCAUCCUACUCGAGAUCCCCGAUCUUCCAUUGGACCAGCCACUACUUCUGACGUCACUGACUAGUCGGAAUAUCGUGCAUUUGGUCACACUUGACAUUGACACACGAUUAUGUCGAUCUAUUGCUCUUGACAUCACCCGGAGAGCAACAGAGUUCACCUUCAAAGAAAGGGGCACCCGAGCGGGAAAUACAAAAUCAGGGAAUAUCACUGCCCACAAUUGCCUCAUUGAUUGUCACGCCGAAGUGUGGACGCGCUUUCCGGUUCUCAGUGCCAUCCAGCGAGAAACAAUCACUUCAUCUAGUCAAAGGUGUCAGCGAACGCUGGUGUUCAUUACAGGACAAGACUAUCAUAGAUUUGUACCGCACUUCCACGAUCUUAUUUCAACCUUUGAAAGGACGUCAAAGAAGCCAACUGGCAAUCUUCUCAAGAGAAUUGAUGUUUCUUCAACAGCAUACUCUGCUUUUCAUGAUAGUCACCUUGGAGGUGUCGAGUGGAGCGUGUCAAAAUUUCGUGCUGGGGAGUGGCUUGCAGAGUUUCUCUGCCUCAUUCCUAUCCAGAUCGCUGUGACAAUGGAAAAUCGCUUCAUUCCGCUCAAGGAUGGGGUGUAUUCCACUCAGCUGGAAAAGUCCCUUCUCGGUGCGGAUGUCAACCGCAUCGUCGAUCACCUGUCCUUUGGUUGGUAUGAAUCUUUGUUCCAGUCAUACAUGGCCAAAAAGCCUGUCAAAGUCGUUUCAUCUAUGGGCGAACAAUCAGUAGGGAAAAGCUUUUCCUUGAACCACCUCAUGGACACAUCUUUUGCUGGAUCAGCGAUGCGUACAACAGAAGGAGUAUGGAUGUCAGUGACUCCGACCCAAGAUGUCCUUGUGGUUGCUUUGGAUUUCGAAGGUGUCCAUAGUAUUGAGCGUUCAGCUCAAGAAGAUACUUUGCUUGUCCUUUUCAAUACAGCAAUCUCUAACUUGGUGCUAUUCCGGAAUAACUUCGCCUUGAGCCGCGAUAUUACAGGACUAUUUCAGUCAUUCCAGUCGAGUGCAACUGUCCUAGACCCAGCAACUAACCCGAAUCUGUUUCAAUCAACAUUAGUGAUCAUCAUCAAGCGCAUGCUUAAGUUCACACUUAGGUUCGCUCUCAAGUUUCAAAAGAUUGUCCAGGAUGAACAAGAAGCCAACUUCAUUUCUCGCCUCCACGCUGGACAGUUAAAUAUAAUUCCAUGGCCGGUGAUUGAGUCGCAAGAAUUUUACAAGCUGUUUCCAGCUCUUAAGCGUCAAUUGGACAAACAGAAACUCACUCAUAGUACAGCGGGAGAGUUUCUUCACGUGAUGAAGACCUUGAUGGCAAAACUGAAGGCAAAUGAUUGGGGCGCUCUCUCACAAUCGAUGGCCUCGCAUCGAGCACAGCUUCUUUCGGUCAUGUUGCCCAAUGCUCUGGCGUUUGGACUGCAAGAGGUUGAUCCUUGUCCAGAACCUUUGAAGAACCUGGAUGACGGUGUCCCAAUCGACAUGCCUGAUACUGCAUCGGAGUUCUCAUUAGCGGGGGGGCAGCAGUCCUCUUCUCGUGAGGCCGCUCUGCACGUCCUGUCUUGUGCUUGGAAAGACCAUACUUCUCGCCAGCACAUGUCAGAUGUUCUUUGGGUCGAGAAUUUGACUGCUCAUAUCGAUAAUCUGAUCAAUCUGCGUGUCGCUCACGUUCGCAAGUGGAUAUUGUUGAAUGUCACUCGCUUUCCAAGUGAGCAAGCAAGUAUUGGCGAGCUCAUGAGAACGUUUGGCAGUGCAACAAUAGACUUGAAGAGCAACUUGCAGUUGUGCAAGCUGAAAUGUGCAAGCUGCGAGCUGCUCUGCAUCCAGAGCAGAUUGCAUGACGGACAGCAUGACUGCCAGACUUCUCAUGAAUGCAUACAUUCUUGCGAUUUCUGUGCAUCAUCGGGAGAGACCAAGGCUUGUACGAUGUCGUGUAUUGUGAACGCCCAUCUCUGUGGUCAAGUUUGCAAACUCUUCGGAAGACAAGGAUGUCUAGAUGAAUGUACAAAGGUGAUCGGACAUGUAGAAGACGAUCAUCUGUGUGCUGCUACUGUCCAUGCCUGCGGUCAGUCUUGUGAGCUGUCAAAGUUACGGUUGGCUGAUGGAUCAACUCCACCUUGCCGUGGUAUAUGUGGCACUCCAAUUGACGUGGACCAUGACCAACACCACUGUGGUGCUCGACUUUGCUCUUUCCCCUGCCAACUUUGCAAGAGACUCUGUGCGAGUACGAACCAUCUUCAUGGCUUGCAGGAUGGCGCUAUUCAUCUCUGCGGGAACACCCAUGUCCCAUGGAUUGCAUUGCCUGAUGGCAUCUGCGAAAUCGAGACUGCGCCACAAUCGAUAGAGGCGACGUUCACUGGAAGGCAUGAGACAUUCCAGUACACGAAGGUGGCGUGGUUGGCUAAACGACUAAGAUGUGCCAAACCGAUACCGCCAGGCCUGGCGGUCCAUGAAGGUCAGCACAAUCAUAGUUUAGACGAAAGAGUGGUGCAUUUUUGCAGAGCAAGAUGUGAGCACUGUGGCUACUAUUGUACAUUGCCGCUCGGUCACCCGCAACAAGAGCACGAAACCAGACAUGGAUCCAUGUCUUCGUCACGAUGGGCAAUCGAUGGCCCAGAUGGUACAAGUCUUGAGGUCGAAGGCCGUCGCUUCUCGUCAAAUGAUGAGGGUGCACCGAUGAUGUGCAACAUUGUCUGCCAGACAUUGGGCAGACACGUACACAUUGACUACUGUCGAUCGCAAGAUGCUGCCCCAUGCAGAUUGAACCCUGAAGUUCUGCAUAUCUCCAAGAGGAUGUCACCAACCCCGGACCGUCCCAAAGACUUUUUGACACACAAUCUCUUCUGGCGACGGAGUGGCUUCAAAGAUCCGUACUCUCGGGAAGAACGAGCAAAUUUCGCAAAAUGUGAUGCCAUGUGCAGCGGUCCUGAACACACAAUUGCAGAGGGAAAUGCCGCUCAGCCCUCUUUUUGUACUUUGCCUCUCUUUCACGUUCCAAUGGAUCCAAACGCCCCCCUAACGACCCUCGGAUACAUCUCCAAUGACGGGCAUUUUUUUUCUUGUAGGAAUCCGGUGGUGAUGCAGCAAGCAUUUCACGUAUCUAGCUCCAUGCGUUCGACAGAUCGGCAACCUCUGAGGAGUACCCCCGUCUCGGACAAAAUUAUUCGAAGCUCUAACAAUAGGUUUGGCGCUGUUUUGUCAUCCUUGUACGGCUUCUGGUCUGCCCGAGCUGCAGCAGUCGCUGGUCAACAAGCAGCCAGACGAGACUCCUACAGUGUUAUCCUGUUUGAUCAGUCUACUGUGGACGCUGUGUUCAACGAUUUCUCCAGCUCACCUGACGACUUGCUAGACGCUGUGUUACGUUAUCAAACUUCGAUAGGCACAAACUUCACUGCUGCCAUUCAACGUGCCCAGUUACUUAUGGAGCACUACUGGAGCACAGAGAGAACACCUGUAAUUAUAUUUCUAUCCGAUGGCGAGUGCCCCAUCGAGGACCAGACCAUUCAAGAUUUGUGCCGCGCUGCAGUCCGUCUUGGGAAACCAUUAUCCUUCCACUCUGUAUCUUUUGGCCAAAAUAUAUAUUCUUCCUCAUUGAGAAGAAUGUUCCAGAUCGCUCUAGAAGCCCAAAACAACGCCCCGCGAGACCCCUUUGCUUCUGCGGCAGCUACUGUUGCGUCCACAUACUCGGAAGCUUUAGAUACGGUUCAACUUGCUGAGACAUUCCUUGGAAUUGCUCAUUCGCUCACAAAGCCAAGAGGGUUUCUCAUUAGCGAGAAGGAAACAUGAGACAGGGGUAGGAAUACAAGAAUGACUGUUUUGAUGUCUUGACUAGAUGCUUCGAUGUUCAACAGUUCUACGAGCAGAUGUGAAGCUGUAUUAUAUAAAAUUAACAGUAUUCAAUACUGAGUAAGCAGAUGAAAA